GCAAUCGGUUGGAGUGAUCAAAUUCAAUUUCGAACCCCACCUGCCGGAGGGUCGCCGAAGCUCAAAUUCAUCGCAUUUGGAGACAUGGAAAAGCUCCCCAUGAUGGCUCCAUCGAGCACUACAUUCAGCCAGGAUCAAAAUCAGUGGUGGAUGCCAUGGCCAAAGAAGUUGCUUCAGGCAAUAUUGAUUCCAUUUUUCACAUUGGAGACAUAAGCUAUGCUACGGGUUUCUUAGUGGAAUGGGACUUCUUCCUUCACCAUAUCAUCCCUGUGGCAUCUCAUGUUUCCUAUAUGACUGCAAUUGGCAACCAUGAGAGAGAUUAUAUAGACUCGGGAUCGGUUUACAUAACUCUGGAUUCAGGCGGAGAAUGUGGAGUGGCUUAUGAAACAUCUUUUCCUAUGCCCACGAGUGCCAAAGACAAAUCAUGGUACUCCAUAGAGCAAGGUCCUGUUCAUUUAACUGUAGUUUCUACUGAGCAUGAUUGGAGCCCCAACUCUGAACAGUACCUUUGGAUGGUAAGGGAUAUAAUUUCGGUGAAUUGAUCAAGAACUCCUUGGUUAGUCUU